CGGCUUCGCGUUCAGUCACAAAGUGUCCGUUGUGUCGGCUGGAUCGCGUUCCUCGUUCACCUCAAUCCGCUUUUUCACCCCGACAUCCUCGUGCUUCCUUUUGGGAAUAGAGCCACCACAUUUUCCGUAUCACGUGGUUGGAGUCCUAAAGAAGCGGAUUUUUGGUGCUUCCUUCCGCAGGAGUGUGAAGUUGUCUAAACCGACUCACGGUUUGUGAUUGUAAGCUUAGAGCGGUCGGAAGUGGUGCUCUGUGAGAUGAAAGUCCCUGGAAAUUGAGCAGAAAGGGCUGAAAAUAUUUCUUCUGAUGUAGAUAGAGGAGUCCAAGAACUGCGAAAGAUUGAUGAUUUUAAAAUAAACAUGACUCUGUGGCCUAUUUAAAUAAAAAAGACGCGAGUGGUGAGAGUAAAAAAACCAUCCCAUCGCUGCGCCACAAUAUUCACAAAACUCACACAAAACUCUUUAUGUAUAAUUUUGCCAUUUGAUGCUAUUUUUAGCGGCAAGUCCCAUCUUCAUGGGAUUCCAAACUGACGCUGACUUCUCACAUCUUCUUUCUGGCUUUUUUACUAUGCUCUCAAAACGCCAAUCUGUGUGCCAAAUUCAGUGAUCAAUUGGGUAAAUCUGGAGAAUAAGUGAAGAAAAAAAAAAGAGUUCAAUUAAGUGGAUUUAAUGAGUGUGGAGAAUCAGUGGGAGGCUCAACAGGGACUCCUUCUACAGCAGACACUCACAAAAUCCGUGAGAUUUCGUCUGAGGUGUGCGGAGAACAAAAGGAUGCCCUUGAUUUCUUGAUACUGUAAAUCAGUGUUUAGUCAGCAGAGCCACAAGAUGCCAUCCACACCAUACGAUCUCGUCAGUGACGAUCUUGACGUAAGGGUGCCCCUCUACGCUGAUCAAGCCUUCGAUCAUGGGAUCACCUUUCAGGCCAAGUUCAUCGGGUGGCAAGAAGUGCCAAGACCAAGCAGUAAAACCGAAAUUGUACAGGCAAUGAGGAGAAUUCGGUACGAGUGCAAAGUACAAAACAUGAAGAAGCGAAAGGUGUCCAUAGAGGUGUCCGUGGACGGUGUUCGGGUGUGCCUGAAAAAGAAGAAAAGAAAGAAAAAACAGUGGAAUGGCGAUGGAAAUGGGCUGGAACUCAUGAAUCAUCCAAUUUAUAGGAUUUUCUACGUCUCACACGAUAGUAGUGAUCUCAAGAUAUUUAGCUAUAUUGCAAGAGAUGGGAGUACAGAUACAUUCAAAUGCUCAGUCUUCAAAAGUCACAAGAAGUCGCAGGCAAUGAGGAUUGUCCGCACAGUUGGUCAGGCAUUUGAGGUCUGUCACAAUAGGAAGGUGUCUGCCCAAAAUACCAAGGUUACAGCCCUGGAUCGUGCUGAAGAUGGAGGCUCAGAGACGCCCUGUGAUACAUCAGAACAGGAUCGAUGCUCAGACCCACUCUCUGAUGAUGAGGAACCUCGUAAAGAAAUCAUCCCUAUAACGCCUGAGCCAGUAUUGGCACGACCGAAUCACCUGGACAUCCUGUCGCAGGUCAACUACGACAGCCGGAAGUCACCGCAGCAAGAGAACGAGGAGAGAUCCACAAGUCCUUUGCCAGCUGCCAGAGAGAUUCAGAAGCUGAAGGAGCAGCUGGAACAACAGAGCCUACAAACACGUCAGGCACUUGCCCAGUUGAUGCUCGUGAGGGAACAAUUGAUAUCUGAAACGAAUGCCAGGGUGGAAGCACAGGCCCGAACACAGCAACUUCUGCAACAAAAUCGAGAACUGCUGGAGCAUAUUGCCGCCUUGGGAGGCUACCAUGAGCCAGAUAGACCCAGUUUGACGGCGGCCACCCUCGGGAUUGCGCCUCAGUCGCCACUCUUCCUUACUCCAACAUCUGAUGGAAAUGACCUAGGAUCACCUGUUCGCAAGACAUUCGCGCCGCCAAAUGCGGCAACACUUAGUCAACUGGGUACCAUUAACCAGCAAUUGACCACGCUUAGCCAACAGCUAUCAGGACUCAAUCAGCAGCAGCAAAACCUCCACAAUCUACAGCAAUUGACUUUUGGUGCCAAUCCUCUGCCCACGAGCUUUGGUCCUCCCAGGAGCACCCCAUCGAGCAGUGGGGAACUAAUAUCUCAGCAAGAACUCUUCCAGCUCAAUGCAGAACUCUUAUCGCGAUUGCAGAAUCUCAAUUUCGGUCAAAAUGGCACUCAAAACGGGGUGAACAAUAAUUCUCCUCAGAGUUCUUACAUCUUCUGCAACUCCAGCGCUUUAAGUGGCAAUAACAAUGCUAACCUGCUCAAUUCACCAUCAAGUGGCAGCAACUUAACACCAUCGCCCCUAGGUACCCUCAAUAGGUCAUCAUUCUCAGCUAGUCCUUUAGACGAAAGUCUAGCUGUGAGCCUAGAACGAAAUCUAGAUGCUAGUGAUCAUGAAACUCAUCUUAUAAAACCCCUAUCGCAAGUGGGCACACUUACUACUCUUGAUUCUGAGGGUAAAGUUAAAGUUCUGGUUCCAAUAUCAGCAGCUUCAUCGAGCUCUAAGGCAGCUGUAGGACGAAAGACUGAGAAGAAGGUCACUCUUCCGGAGAUGGUGACUCUCAAAGUCACAGAUGAGAGUGGAAAUGUGACAAAGAAGCUACCCGCAACACCUAGCUUUAUCACAAGAAGCACCAGCGAGAAGGUGCCCAGUCGGAGUCAGAUGAUGGUCCAAGUACAGAGAACUCAAUGGGCACGACACACGACCAAGUAGAUUUCCCAUAUAGGGGGCUCAGUUAGAAUUAAGAAAAGUAUCUGACAAAAGCAGGGCAUUUUAGUUAGGAUAUUCAUGAAGCUUUCCAGAUGGAUUCCUCAUCCGUUUCACCAACCGAUUCGUAUACUUUCCGCCACUUUCAGCUCAAAAAAAAUUAUUGAUGAAUAGUGUGUAUUGUUAAGCAAUCAAGGUCUUAUUCACUUUGAAAAUAGUAUUUAUAGUAAUAUUAGGAAUUUUUUAUUUAUUCAGAAUAAUAGAUUAUUUAAAAUUUAUUAUUUUGGGGAAAGUGGAGGGAAGGGACAACAGGUAAAAGAAAAUCCACGUCAAUAAUACUCAUUUUACUCUAAAAAUUAUUCUUUUAUAUUACUUAUAGGUAGACCAGGGGAGAAUUAGCCACGUAUAGUAUUAAAUAGUGGUUAUAGUUUGCCUGCAAAGAAAUAUUGAGGAAACCACUCUUUAUUCUAAAUAUAUACUUCCCUUCACUGAGAAAAAAAGGGGGUGCGAUUAACUUUUUUUCCUCGUAACUUUAACACUUUUUAGGUGUAAAAAUAUAUCAACAUUUUUUAAUGUUAAUUUUGCACAUUUUUAAGUGUAAAAUUAACGUGAAAAAGGGUUAAUUUAAUCACUAAUACACCUAAAAAGGGUAAUAUUUACACCGAUUUCGGAUCAAUAAUGCAGGGUAAAAUUAACAUUACCGGAAUGUUAUUUUAACUUUUUCGGAUUUCUCUCAGUGUUACUAUUCAUUGAAAUAUUUAUCAGCCUCAUACAAACAUUUUUUGUACAAAUUAUACGCAAUGGAAAAUUUCAUUUGGUGGCUAAUUCUAUCCCGGUGUCCCCUACUGUUGGUUGAUAUGAGGAUAAUUAAAACGUGAAAAGUUAAAAAUAACCAAAACUGUCCUUAUAACUUGUGCAGUUACUCACAAAGAAGGGCAAAAACUUCGCCAAAAAAAAAUGAAUUAACCAUUUAAGCAGAACAUAUAAUUUUUUUAAAUGCAAAAUAUAUUAGAUUUUGACUCAGGUUGAAAUUUAGGGUCAAGCGCCUGGCAAGUUGGAAAGGUAUCUUAUAAUACGGAAAAACUUCUCACUUUUUAAAUAUUUAGCAUAACGAUCACGAGUGCAGAAAAAUUCUCAUACGCAUUUGUAUGUGAAAGUAAGAAAUUAGCUUCAACUUUGAAGGCCACUCGCCGGGGACUAGUUUAGGGUAGAACCAUACUAACCGUCAAAUAUUUACCGAUUUCUAUUUUAUCUCAUCAAAUUUAUCUAUCGCAUGUCCUAUACAAUUGAAUAAUAAUUUUUAAAAAAAAGUAAGAAAAAAAUAAAUUGGUCUAAUUUAAUUUUAAUUCAAAACGAGAAUAAUUCAACCUUUCAUAAACAAAAACAAUAUUACAUAAAAACAACAAGCAAAGUUUGAGUUUCAAGUCGACUAAAUUUUUCAAUUGAUUUAUUUUUUAUGAUCGAAACAGUUUUGUCAGCGUAUGAUAAAUCAAACGAUUGAACUCAGUCCUAGGGACCCUUGAAUUAUUUAUCUGUUCCUUACAUUUUUGAUUUAUUUUAUUCAAUUAUUAUGUAAGAAUCAUUUAAUAUCUCACAGAAUAGCAUCAUUUGCGUUUAUCUUUGUUAUUAUUAAAGUUUUAUUCUUAGCGUUAUUUUAUUAUAAUUGUCAUUUAAAAUAUUUCUAAAUUUAUUCAAAUAAAUAUUUCUCUGGAAUCAUAACUGAAUUGAAAAUAUUAAACAGCUCUAAAAUCAAUUAAAACAUUAAGUAGACGCUGUCGACAAUAAACUGGACAAGCUUGUAAGGCUUAAACGGUAAAAAUUAGACGGUUAAUUGUAAGAUUAAUCGGUUGCAAGUUAAUUUUUUUUAUAUGGAGCUAUUUGAAGCCAAUUCCUAAAUUGAUCUCGGACUCAGCUCACAGUGCUCCGAGGAAAAAAAUUAUUUAAACAAAAAUUUAGUAUAUUCAUCCCUCCAUUCGGAAAGGUAUCUUAUAAUUCGGAAAAACUUCUCACUUUUUUGUUAAUUAGUGUAACGGUUGCAAGUGCAAAAAAAUUUCCAUAUAAAUUUAAAUCGAAGUAUGAGAAAGUGGCUUCAAAUUUCAGGCAACUUGCCAGGGGCGUGGUUCUAUGACUAAAGUCUCUGCCUUUCUUUUGAAUCCCUAAAGCUUAAUUGUGUACAUCAUUUGCCUUGACACUACUAUUUCAGUCCUUGUACUGACUCUAUACUGAAAAUAAUUAUGAACGUAUACUAACGUACUACACUAAGUAUAAUUAUUCUAUUAUACGGUAAACUCAAUAUUUUUGAUUUUGUGAAUUUUACUAUGUCAAAUGAGAGACGAAGGAACGUUGAAAAAAUCAAAUAUGUGCAUAAUUAAUCGAUAUUUUUUUCCAUUUGAUUUCCUUUUUCAAAAUUCAUUUUUUGCGUAAUAAAAACUUGUUGAAUAUUCUACGUAUUAAAUGACUUGAUUUUAGGAUCUUCGGUUCGGAAAAGAAAAACAAAAUUGCGCGAAACUAUUUUCUAUAGGGUGGAGUCAUCACUUAUGAACGUUGUACACUUAUGGUCAGCGUGCAAAAAUCUUAAGUUCUUAAGCAAUUUUCGAAAAAUGAUAAAAUUAUUAGUUUAUGAUGUGAUUAACAAUUUUGUGAUUUUUCGAAAUCUGUUUUAUGUAAGCCCUUAAGAUUUUUCAAGCUAUCCAUAAGUAUAUAACGUCCAUAAGUGAUGACUCUACCCUAUGACAUUAUCAGUUUUAAUAUUUAAAUUAAACUGCCUUAAAACGUUUCUUUCAUUGUAAAAUCCUUAAAUAUUUUUCUAUUUCUAAAUGACUUCAUAUCCCAUAAAAUAAAAGAAAAAAUAAAUGCAAUGAUAAAGAAUAUUUUAUUUAUUUAUGUAGGGGGAAGUGGGGAACCUUUGAAUUGUAGUACCUUUAAAAUUGGACUUUUUCAUCUAUUUUUAAUUAGAAUUGGGACUUAUAAUAAUAUAGUUUAGCUUCGUAGGUAGUUUUUUAAGCUAAAUUACAUCAUUAAGGUCCAGUUUUAUUUAAAAAUGGAAGAAAAAAACCUUAAUUUCAAAGUUACUUCAGUUUAAGGGUGCCCCACUUCCCCCUAUGUUCUGUCUCUGUACACAAAUUUGUGAAUAAAUAUCGACAUAAAUUUCUCUAAAAAAUUUCUUCUCAAAUAUGGCCAUAAAUUUCUCUAGUGUGUAGAGGCCUUUAAUGGCGUCUAGGAGUAAUUUCUUUAAAAAAUGCCUUUUUAAAAGAGAAUUUCUCAUAUCCUUGUAGGCAGAAACGUCAGAAUUUAAAAAAAAAGCAAUUUUUGACGAAAAUUGCUUCUAGUGUGUAGACACCAUAAGUUAUUAAAUUCCUUCAAUAAAAAGUACGCCAAAAAUUAAAGUUCACAAAAAAUGUGAAAGCUUCAUGAAUUUUUCCUAGGAUAAAAAAAGACUCCUACUUUUGUGAAUACUUCAAGAACUCCUUUGAAUCUCUGUCCUUUUCACUAAUGAAGAAGGUGUUUUCUAUUGUUGUGCAAAUUUCAAUAAAGACGCUCCACAGACGAGUCAUCAAUUUACCUUCUUCCUGAAACAAACUGACAGGGAUUCAGGAGCCGUCAUCACAAGAAAAAAGAACAUUUUCGCACUCUUUCAAAAAAAAACUCUUUAGAAUUUCUUUCUGUAUAUAGCUUCAACUCCUAAUUGUCAAUUUUAUAUUUAUGAAUAAAAAAAAAGAUGAAUCUAUUCUACUAUUUAGCUAAGAAAAUAUAUACAGUCUAUAGUUAAGUAAUUCAGAAAAAUAUCAAUUUCACAUGAAAAAAUCGACGAAAGUGGUGCCAAAAUUAAAAUUGUGAGAUAGAUCUUUCUAAUGAAUGUUGACUCAAUUCUCUUUUUUGGAUCAAUCAAGUAAUAUCACACACUCAAUAAAUUAUCUUAUAUUUAUAGGAAUAUCUUUAGAUUAUAUAUAUGAGAAAAAAAUAUAGGAACAACCAUGAAAAAGUGCCAAAGAAUGAGGAAAGAAUUUUAAAUUGAUUAUAGUAUUUUAUUCUUAAGGGAUGAUGUUGAAAUGUGAACUAAAGGCAUUUCUUUGACCCUGUCCUGUGGUUUUUGGCAACUCUCCAGUUUCAAAUAACCAAUAUAACUCAGUUUACGAGACACGUUCUCAUGUGUAAAGUCUCUGGGGCACUUAGCAAAGAAUCCUCAGAGGAGAUGUUCAAUUGGUCAUUUGCACCUGGAAAAUGCAUGCUGAAAAAUUAAUUACUUUCACAAAGUCCACCUGAGGCUCAAUUACAGAUUCAAAACACUCUACUAUAGUCUAUUUAUUAUGUAUAAAUGUUAUUUUGUCCUUUGAUUUACUAAGAACAUUUGAGCCUCAAUAUUGAAAUACUCAGGACGGAAAAUCAAUUGAAAUAAUGGAUAGAAUGCAAGGUAUACAAACCUCUGAAUGAAAUUAGAAAUUGUACAUAAUUCUUAAGAUCAGAUUAUAAAUUGUUAAUUUUGCGGUCAAGAGAUAUUUUACCAGUGUUACAAUUACUUUUGUAUAUCGAUUUGGAGGAUAUCCGAAAAUGAUGUCAUGAAAUGAAUAAAAAUAGUGAAUUUAA